CUUUAGUCAGCCAGUCACUACGUGCUAAGAAAUGUGGCCAUAUCACUUGAGAAGACCGAUUUAAAGAUGGCCGCGCCGCGGUCGCCCGAUAGCCGUGUCGCGUCAAUUUCGAGGCGUCCUUCGGCUUCGUAGAGGCGGCCAAGUCGAGCUGAACGGCGCCUGUUCUACGUCGACAGCGUUCAGUAAAAUUCGACGUGAUCGCAAGAGUGGUUAGUUACGCCGGACGAUGAUCUAACGUCUCGUGUUACGCGUGUGAUCAUGAAUUGUCAUCAGAUACUGAGCGGCGCCUGCAAUGCGGGCGAUCGCUGUUACGCCGUUGGCUCCGUCGAGGGGAUUUCCUUCACCGCGUAUGCAGCUGGUUGUAAUAUUGUGAUCUUGGCUAAUAAUUUUGAACGAGUCCAAAUAAUUCCUGGGGCUGUGCAUAAUUAUAUUAGGAUCAGUUGUCUGGACUGUAGUACAGACACAGGAAAAAUAGCAGCAGCAUAUGAAAAUCAAGUCUGCAUUUUUGAGCCAACACCGCUUAUACAUAGCACCUGUUCACAUCAAUUAGAAUACAGAUGGGUUCAAACAGGAAGUCUGCAAACAGAAUCAAACAUCACUUCUUUAUCAUGGAAUUUGGAAGGAACAAGGUUGUUAACAGGUGGAGAACUGUUGCAAUUAUGGCAUCAAAAUAUUAUGCCGUUUCAAGAAGAACACACAAUAUUACCUGCAGCUGCAAAACCGAAAACAUUACAAACAGAAGAAGCCAGCUCGGCUGGAAGCAGUCUUAAUGUUACAGCAAAUACUUCUCAGGAUCCAGCUGGUGCGGUGACAUUCUCGAUUGGAGGAGAGGCUGAGAGUCCUGGACCUGGGGACAUAUCCAAUGCAAAUGAUCCGGGCGGAUGGAAUUGUGUAUGGAAAUGUCGUACCGCCACGCCAGUGCAUCUUAUGAGUUUUAGUCCCGAUGGCACUCUAUUCGCAACAACAGGAAUGAACGAUAGAUUGGUCAAGAUAUGGUUCGAGAACAAACAAUUGUUUCCAGCAAGAAGCUUGGAUCACACUAGCUUUUCCCAAGCAGUCGGUAAUGACAAUUAUAGUUUCGUUUACAUUGCACACCCACGCGCUGUAACGCAUCUUUCUUGGCGGAAGACAAGUAAAUACAUGCCAAAGGGUUCCGUGUCCAAUAUGUUGGUCACUUCGUGCCGUGAUAAUAUUUGCCGAGUGUGGGCAGAAACGAUACCGCCUGAGAUUGAAGGUCUAGCUAAUAUGAGUCAGUUUGAAGGCUCGGACAGGCACGGUCAUCAUGGCAAGCAUCGCCAUCAUAAUAUGCAUAAACAUCGGUUUAUGCAACGACUUAAACACAUGAAAACGUGUUUUCAUAUUCGGCGACAUGCUAAAGCACAGCAGCAUCAAGCUGGCCAUACAGCGCCGACUUUACCAACGCUUCCAUCUACAUAUUCUGUACACGAUUUUCAUAAUAAUUACCAAACUUCUGGUCAUUAUCCAGGAAUGCAUUUCCAUUUGGCAGCUAGUAUUAACGCAGAAACUGAUAUACCGCUAGUACCAAGCCUAAUUACCGGAGACCCCGAAAGAGAACCGAAUUUUAUCUUACACUGGCUAAAUAACAAAGAAAUGCACUUCAGCAUGCAAGCCGAAAACAUAUUGCAGGAGUUGACUCGUAAAGUAGUGGAAAAAGAGGAAGGCUUGCAGCAUCAAGAUCAACAUGCUGAACAUGUGGAACACGAUUCUGAGGAUGAAAUUACAAAGAAAGGAGAGAAAGGAGAAAAAGGAGAGAAAGGAGAAAAAGGAGAGAAAGGAGAGAAAGGAGAGAAAGGAGAGAAAGGAGUUCGACUACAAGCAGUUCAGAAACCAGCCGUUGGUGGCCGGUCAAUGAGUCAAGAAGAUCACAGUAGUGAUGAACAUCAUACUGCGCAUACUACCUCAUCUCAUCACAGUUUAGCACACAGUGUGCAUUCUCAUCCGAGUCUGAGCAAUACAACCUCCAUUAAUUCCAUAGCAACAGACGCAACGUCUACGAUGAAUCACGCGCCGGAUUCGUUGGACACAAAGAUAGAAACGUUGCUACGUGAUUGGCAUCACAAUCCGGACUUGUUAUUCUCGAUACAUCCGAUAGACGGAAGCUUUUUGAUUUGGCAUAUCGAGUGGCUGGACGAAUAUCAUCCCGGAUCUUUCCGACAGGCGCAGAUUUCAUUUUCCACUCGUAUCCCGAACGCGUUCCCGCUCGGUGACGCGUCGACGAUGAGUCACAAUGUAUCGAUGUACUCUCACAACACCGGUGGACCCUUACUGAACAUCCGCGAGGUUGCAAAGUCUUCGACGAAGCCAAACGACGCCAACGAGGUCGCAACGCCCUUACCUAGUCUCAUAGAACAAGAUGAAGAGCAAUCCACACUGACUUCCAAGGCUGGUCAAGAACUAUUGAAAAAUAUGGAAAAUACGAACGAUCAGAAUCAAACGAAGACCGAAGCUAACGCGCUGGAGGGUAAUAAGAAUGGACAAGACGCGGAUCUGUUGGCUCAUCCUAGUCCGAUCGUUUCCAUGGUGUCGAAGCACUCGAAUGGCACUUUGAACUUAUGGCAGCUAACGUUUGCGGAUAAAACCAAGUUCUCGCAAGUGUUGAGCAUAGGACACGCGUGCAGGGCUUCCGGGCACCGUUUCCGCGUGAACGACAUUACCUGCCAUCCCGUCUUGCCUUUACUCGUAACGACCUCCCACCAUAAUAUACCCGAGUUCCCUGGCACUCAGUCGGCGGAAUCCAGCGAAAAUAUCAGCAUCAAGCACGAUACUUGUAAGAGCAAGGACGUCUUGUCGCCCACUGGCUUUUGCAGCGAGUUGAUAUUGUGGCGCGUGGACGCCGUGGGGCCUCUGUCGAAGAGCGGCGGAGUUUCCGAAUUGGCGCGCAUCAACUCGCCCGAGAUAUCGGCGUUCAGUAACGUAGCCUGGAUCCCGACAUUGCUGCCGAGCACGACACUGGGCAAUCUAUCCAAUUCUCCCAGUGCCUGCUUCGUGGCUAGCGACGGCGAGUGCCUCAGGGUCUAUCAAGCUGUCAUCGACGCCAGAACACUACUGGCGGAAGUGUCGAUCAGCGAGAGGAGAAGCAGAAUGAUGGACUCCAUGGCCAGUCUUUCGACGGACAUGUCGUCGGACGACGGCGUCCGACACUCUAUUCACGAUCGGAUAAAGAUAGUGUCUCAGCAAUCGACCGCGAGACCAGGAUGCGUCAUACAGCUGGACGCCAUCGCCGACGCCACGCACGAUUGGCAGAACACGCAGUUCCUCCACGUCUUUCAGGAGCAAUUGAUCACGGGCGAGAGAAACGACGAGAAGCUGCCCGGCAUCGACACGUCGAUCAACGAUCUCGGAUUGAUGGAAUCCACAUUGGACGCCAUGGUGGAUCUGCAGCAGUCCGCGAUCUUCGAGGAGCCGUUCUACAUAGUGGUUCUCGAGCGGACGCAGCAGGGCACCACGGUGCACAUGUGGCGUCUGGUGAUAGCGUCGCAGCCGGAAACCAGCGGUCUGUCGGGCUCGAUGAUGUACGUGCCGGAUUCGCACUUGGUUCAGGACGAGGACGACGAGGGGACGCCCGGUAGAUUGGGCCACGCCGAGGGCAGGCGGUCGCGCAGACCCAGUCAGACCGGCAAUCGCAGCCGUCGCAACAGCCAGGCGGACAUGGACUCAUCGACGUUCCUGCACCGCCGUCAUCAGAACAGCCAUGUUCUCAUCACCACGACGAAGGUCUGCACGCAGGAACUGCCGUUGCCCGACGGGGUGGAGGUGAUUCACGCCGCUCCCGCCGCGGGACACCUGAGCAGCUCUUCGAUAUAUCCCGCCUGCUUCGCGCCGUACAUCGUCGUGACGGCGUGCAGCGACAGCACCGUGCGCUUCUGGAAGUGCAAGGUGACGAAGAGGCCGGACGACAAACUGGAUUACGAGUGGUGCGAGUGGGAGAUGACCAGGAAGGAUCAGGAGUCCACCAUCGACAUCACCGGUCAGCCGCUGAACAUAAGCGCGGCCUACAGCGGGCGCAUCGCCUGCGCGUACAAGUACGGCAAGUCGUUCACGCGCCCGACGAAGAGCGACCCGGACUCGCGCUACGUGAAUCUCUGCGUCGCCAUAUACGAGUGCGAGAGCACGGGCGGCAGCGAGUGGAUCCUGGAGGACACGAUUCAUCUGAAGAACAUUCAUCUGCCGCGAAUACCGGUGGACCAGCAUCUGGACCUCAGCUACUUGUACGACAGUAGAUUCUUGCAGAAGAAGCAACGGCUCACUCAGGUGCUGCAGACUCUCAGUCACGAGGACAUAAGGUCCUCGAGAAACGGCGAGAACGGGGAUUCCGCGAAAGCCGGCCUGCUGGCGGUUCCGUCGUUCAGCACCCUGCAAUCUCUGCGAAAGUCGAUUAUAGAGAACGGCAACACGUGUCCGCUCACGCAGAAGCACCUCGUGCAGCUCGAUUGGGUGUCGAAGGAGGACGGCUCGCACAUUUUGACGGUUGGCGUCGGUUCCAAGAUCAUGCUGUUCACGCCGGUGUGCUCGGAUCUCGCGCAGGCGAAUAUGAAAGCGAUGAAGGAGUCGCAGAGCAACAACAGGCCGAUACUGCGAAAGACCUCGUCGCUGGCGCAGCCGCAGUUCGUCGACGAGAUCCGGUGGAUGAAGCUGCGCAAGAUCGAGCUGACGACGGCGGACGGCUUGCCGCCGUUGCCGAUGCAGAUAUCCUGGGUGCGGGACGGCAUCCUGGUGGUCGGCAUGGACUCCGAGAUGCACGUGUACUCGCAGUGGAAGCCGAACCCGAAGAACGAUUGCUUCCACUCGAACCUGCAGCAUCAGGAGUCCGACGAGUUCCAGGCGAGUCGGAAUCUGCGCGACGAAGAUCUGCGCACGCUGGCGCACGAGACGUCUCAGAGGCGACUGGCGAACGUGUCUUCCAUGCCGCAUCUGUCGCGCGUCAGCAGCAUCAAUCUCACUAUGCUGGACGCGAAGAAGAAGCGCGGCAUACAAAACGAGAACCUGAACUUCGAUUACAUGCCGGACUACGGGCUGUUCGAGGCGUCGAGGAUAGCGUGUCCCGUCUUGCCGCAGUACCAUCCCAAACAGCUGAUGGAGCUAUUGAACUCGGGGAAGAUCAGGUGGGUGAAGGCUAUACUGGCGCAUCUCGUUCGAUGCAUAGGCAGCUCCUGCUCUUUGCGCGCCGACGACGAGAGUCUGGUGAAGCAGCGCGGAUGGUCGCGAUCGAGGACAAUGUCGGUGAGUUACGUGGGCACAACGUCACCGUUGGAGCCGAGGGGCUCGACCACGCAGAUACCGGAGGAGCUGACGCUGGACUACGCGGAGAUCACCUCGAUCUCUCCGCUCCCGCUGUGGACCCUGCUGAUGGCCGACAAAGAGACGAACAUACCGCACCAGCAGAACGAGGACAAGCACGAUUACAACGAGCUAUUCGACAGCAACCUGGACGAGGGGGAAUCGUUGGACGACAUGCUGGACGAGGGUUACGAAUGCUCGCGGCAGAAGGACAGACGGUCGUCGGUGCCGGAGAGGCAAGGGAUAUCGCACUUCGGCCCGAGGCAAGGCAGACUGCUGUCGCGUCUCCUGACGCACACUCAUCUCCCGGGACUGUCCAGUCUCGAUCAGAUGCAUCUGCUCGCCCUGGCGGACACCGUCUCCACGUGCAACAUCGACUUCGCGGAGAGAUUCGCGAUCGACGCGGCCAAGAAUGCGAUCGCCAAGGAAAAUCUGACGGGUAUUCCGGACGGCGAGACCGUGUCCACCGACUCGUUGGACGACUGCGGCCUCAGGUUUCUCCUGGCGAUGAAGCAUUACAAUUAUUUGAUACGCUGCUUGCCGCUGGCGCAGAGAGCGCAAUUCCAGAAACAAGGCAUCGCAUCGAACAAUCUUGUGUGGGCGUUUCAUUCCGAAUCCGAGGAAGAAUUGCUGGGGCUGAUUCCAUCUUACGCCAAAGGCCAACCGAAGUGGUCCGUGCUGAAGGAGCUCGGUGUGGGCUGGUGGAUCAGGAGCAACACGGUGCUGAAGAAAUGCGUGGAGAAGAUAGCGAAGGCCGCUUUCCAGUUCAAGCAGGAUCCCCUGGACGCGGCGAUCUACUACUUGGCGAUGAAGAAGAAGAAUCUAGUGUGGGGAUUGUUCAGGAACCAGCGGGACGAACGGAUGACCACCUUCUUCUCGAACAACUUCGCCGAGAACAGGUGGCGAAAGGCGGCUCUGAAGAACGCUUUUGCUCUCCUCGGAAAGCAGCGGUUCGAUCACGCGGCGGCGUUCUUUUUGCUGGCCGGCGCGCUCAAGGAUGCUAUCGACGUGUGCUUGAGCAAACUGAACGACAUUCAGCUCGCGAUGGUGAUAGCCAGACUCUACGAGAACGAUACGUCGUCACCUAAUAUGAGGAGGUUGUUGUACGAGGAGAUCCUAGGCUGCGACAAGGACGGGCAAAAUCAGGAUAUGAGCCGAGUGCAUCCGGAUCCCUUCUUACGCAGCAUGGCUCUGUGGAUCUUGAAGGACUAUUCCGGCUCUCUCAAUACUUUGCUGCUGACCAAUGUCGGCCACAUGCAUCCGCAGUAUAACGAUGAAUCUGAUAAGCCGGAGGGAACGACAGCGAAUCCAAACGUCUUCAAUUUCUACGUUUAUCUCCGCACACAUCCAUUAUUAAUCAGACAAUACAUUGCGUCCACCGCGCAAGACAAGAAGAAAGGACAUUCGGUGGUAAUCUCAGGAUUUAGUUACGGCACAGAAACGAAGAGUCAACCAGACAAACAGUUACUAUUGGAAGAUAGUAUUACGCCGUUGGAGAGGCAGCUGUAUUUCACAACGGCGCACGCACACUUUAAAGCUGGCUGUCCAGCUCUCGCUCUUGAAGUUUUGUCAAAAUUACCCAAUAAAGUUAUGGACACAAACGGCGAGGACUCCCCGAGCUUACUUAAUAGCCCGAGUAAGACCAGAGCUCAAGAUGCUCAAAUAGAUACCGGUAUCAUCAAUUGGGAAAAUAAAGCGAAUGCAGUAAAUAAUGACAAAGAAGUAACAAGCUCUGUUGAUUGGGGUGCGUCAUCAUUCGAAUGGUCUCAAAGCUCCAGACGCGGGGAGGAUAAAUUAGAGUUAAACUGGGACGACGAUGAUGCGGGUGAAGCUGAAGACAUCGACACUCCUCCCAUAAGCAUGAAACUUGACAAGAAAGAAGAAGAUGAGCCACAUAAAUUAGAAAAUGAUGAUAACGGGGCAAAAUCGGCUGGUCAGUUAGACAUCAUGGCGCAACAGCUGAAAUUCGUGGCUUGUCUGAAGAUCUUGAUGGAAGAACUGUCGACGUUAGCGACGGGUUUCGAAGUGGACGGAGGUCAAUUGCGAUAUCAACUGUACGUGUGGUUAGAACGAGAAGUGGAUGCAUUGAGGCAGCUUUGCAGUUACAGUACUAACGCAGACGGAGAUGUGAACAUCGUGACAGAGUACGAAGGCGGAAUGGUCGACGAUGUGCCGCCAUACAAGCCCGGCGAGCAACCGACGCUACAUCAAAUAUUAGUAGCAGAGAAAUUAGAUUUUGAAGCUAAAGUACAGAGAGCUGCAAAGAGGAAGAAGUGGCUUAAAGCUAACGAAACAUUAUUGAGGACAUUGUUAUCGUAUUGUUCUCUGCACGGCGCAUCGGGAGGCGGCCUAGCGUCAGUAAGAAUGGAACUGGUACUUUUGCUACAGGAAUUGCAACAGGAAAAGACUCAACAACAAUUGCUCAGUCCUCUUCCUUUCCCCACUACGUUACCUCUGUUAAGCGCCAGCGUUGCUUGCAAUAAGACUGUCGUAGCUGAUCCAGUUCGACAUCUGCAGUCUCUCGCGCAUGAUAUGCUGCAAACAUUAGUAGAAUUACGCAAUCCGCCGAUGCCUAACAGAAAUACGCAUUAUUGUGAAGUAUUCAUCAUGAGAGAUCUAGCAGUAGCUCUUAGCGCCUGUAUUUACCAAUCACUUUGUGACUCAGAUACGUUUGUUAUGAAGCAUCAUCAGCCAGAGAGUUUCCCAGCGGUCGCCGAAGUGGAAACGUUCUCAGGUGGUCACUUAGUAGCUUCAAAUAGAUAUCAUAGACGAUAUUCAACGGAUGAUGGUGUAUGCAUAACUACCUCACCUUCCAAGUGGCCGGGCGUGACGAAUUUGCGCGCGUUGUUAGCUCGAGAGAAGGACGAGGACACUCCAAAGCUGAAUAUUCUUCUCUGCGAGGCUUUCGUCGCGACGUACAUGAGCCUCUUCAUCUACGCUCUGUCGAGUUGUGACAGUCACAUUUUGUACAGGCUCGUGGGACAACGCUUUGAUAACAACACGUGGGCUUCUCUUUUUGGUGGUGGAGUGAAGAAGCUGUUGCGCGUAGCAAGUACAAGUAGCCAGGGUAACGUAAACAGCGUCGAGCGAACCGAUAGUGUGGCGAGCGAGAUUCAAAGUACCGCCACUGGCAUGUGGAACACUAUGACGUCACUGACCAAACAACGCGUCAAGCUGAAUAUGAAACUACUGGGACAAUUUACGGGUCAACAACCAAAUAUGAAAGAGGAUAAACCUACGUAUAGGGAACAGUUUGUUUCGCCGCAGAUGAGCAUGAUUUCCUAUUUUCUCAUGAAGCCGCGCAUAGAGACCGAGUACGCGGAUGAAAUUGACUACGACUCAUCUGAUUCCGCGGUGUCGGACUUAGAUUCUACGGACGAUGAGGAAGACGUAUUCGAUACGAGUACGAAUCCAAAGAGCAAACCAAAGGAUAAUACGGAGCAUAGUAAUUCCAACUCGUACAGUUGGAGCGUGAUGAGAUUCGCAAUAGUUAAAAUACUGCAGCAGCAAUUACAAGACUUUCUAACUGUUGCCGGCAUAGAAAUGCAAGAAUUACCUGUAAGUAGUCCGUUGAUCCACGGUACACUGGCGAUCGUCGCCCAGUGGCAAGAUUCUUUGCGCGAAGAAUUGGAGCUUAAAGGCCCGCCGUCGGUGACUUAUAUACCCGGCUGUGCGCCAGAUCCUUCUCCUACGCCUGGAAAACCAGCCAUUCAUAAGUAUCGAUCCUUGUUAGAGAAAGGAAAUACACCGUUUAACACGCGAUUGGCAUCCGCAGCGCCUACCAAUCGCUUGUGGUGUUACUUGAUCAGGCAGGAAUUGGUUCAGGAUAUUUUCAUUCGAGCAGUGUUCGGAAAGCGAAGAUCCCUGUCAACGAUACUUGAAAGUAACCAGUCGGUCGUCGACAGCGUGCAUCGUGGAACUGGAGAAGAUAAGGGUAGUGAUAGUGGCACUACAAGUUUGCCGGAACCAGUCAGAAUCAUCCAUAAAGAACAAGAUAGCAUCAGUGCCUUCUGUCUCAAUCAGGUGAAUCCAGGUUUAAUGGCCCUCGCUACACCUCGAGAAGUGCAAGAAAUGAAUAUUUCCCUGCUCCUAGAACUCCCGUCGUGGUUGGAAGAUGAAUGCGAAUUUGAUAUCAUCAAUUUGAAUAAGCAACCUGAUCCAGAGCCUGUACAGCCAACCAGUUUCUUAGUAAUACAGACAGCAGCAGAUCGUCCGUUGUUGGCACAGAGUCCUCAGACGAGCAGUCCUCAGCCUCACUCAGGUAUAGCCAGUCAAAGUGGACGUGGCGCGAGUGUGAUGAAGGGGAUGCCUGCUUUUCCUGGCUCCCACGACCUGCGUUUCUGUCAAUUUGUUGCUGAUAGGAGCAAACACUUGUUAAAGCCGAUUCUGAAGCAUAAAAUCGACGGAAUCAGAAGAAUCUCUUCCCACCCGCUUUUGCCGCUAUACUUAACCGGAUCGCAGGAUGGCUCUGUGUCGUUGUGGGAAUGGGGACAUCAGACGGCGGUGGCCACUCCGAGAGCGCCGGGUACUUUUGCCAAAGUCACCCGCGUGCGAUUCUCUCAGCACGGCAACAAGUUCGGCGUGGCCGAUUCCGACGGUCACCUCAGCCUGUUUCAAGUGGCCUGUCGAGAAGGAGCCGCUCGACCGUUCUUUAAUUAUCAGUGCCACAGCAAAGUGACCUCGGACUUCGUCUUCCUUGGUGCAUGCAGCCUCGUGGCCACUGCGGGACAUGGUUCGGAAGGACGGAAUGUAGCACUGUGGGACACGUUGCUUCCGCAAAAUAAAUCUCUCGUACAAGGUUUCAUGUGUCACGAGCAGGGAGCUAGUGCGUUGAUCCUGGCGCCGCAGCAUCAGCUGCUGAUCAGCGGCGGCAAGAAAGGCGACAUCAAUAUAUUCGAUGUGCGGCAACGACAGCAGAGGCAUAGAUUCCAAGCGCACGAGUCGGCCAUCAAAUGUCUAGCGCUUGAUCCGCACGAGGAGUUUUUCGUUAGUGGGGCAGGUGAUGGUGAUAUCAAGAUAUGGGGUUUGACCGUCCAUUCUCUCCUAUAUUCAUUUCCUGGUGAACAUCCACGGUCUAGUUUCUUCAAAAACAUAGGACAGGGCGUUACCCAAUUGCAUGUGGACUCCGCGGGUCGAUUGUUUUCCUGUGGAGCGGAUGGUUCGAUGAAAGUCCGUCAACUGCCAGAACGCGAUUGUGUAAUACAAACGCUUUAUUAGAAUUAAAAAGAAAAAAAAACAGAUGAUGAAAGAGAAAUGAAUAUUAAACGUUUUGCGCGAAGAGCUGAAUAUUUAUUGAUUAUAUACAUAUACACACAUGAGAAGCGAAGUGUUAAAGAAGUCAACGCAGUUCAUUGAUCGCUGUUGUAUGAUAUAUCUACUUUCACAUACAAAUCAUGCAAAUGAGUAUCUGCAUGGCUAGUAUGCUGUAACAAGCUAAUCAGGUGUUAUUUAUAAAUAUAUAUAUAUAUAAAUAUAUAUAUAUAUAUUGUUUUAUUCGAGAACUACUUUAUUACAUGAUAAAGUAGUGAAUUCCGCACGAAUAUUGUUGUUGUUGUCCAAAACUGAAGCUCUUUUAGUCUAAACUUAGUGAAAUUAUAAUCUUAGAUAGUCUCAAAGUGUUUCCCUGAUUAAAAAAAAAGAAAAAACCAAAGCAGCGAGCAGAUACACGAGCAACGCGUAGCACCGAAGAAACGGCUACGACAUUAGAAACGGUACUGUAUUUUCCCUAAAAAUGUAUUUCGUAUGGAGCCGCAUACAUAGUACUAAUGAUCAUUCCUUUCACACAUGAAAGUAAUAUUAAACGAUUCGAUAAACGAUAUGUAAUAAUCUACGUACCUUCAUAUUUUAAUAUGUAAUAUAUGUAUUUAUAAAUCAGUUGGAUGAAUUUUACUGUUUCGUGGCAAAUAAUUUAAAGACGAUUUAACCGAGCUUUAUAGCGGUUAUUGAUUGAUAGCGAAAUGGGAUAUUUCUUUAGUGAGACAGUGAUUUCUGUGUAUUAUUUGUUGAAAUAGAAACGAUGCGAUGUAAGUUAUUGUUCUAUAAUAUAGUUCGAUAAAUUGGUUCGAAUCCUCGUGUAUUCAAAGUAACUCCUCUUCGAUGCUUUCUCAUCGUCGCUACUCCGCAAUGUGACAUAUGCGAUAACAAUACUAUUCUUAAGGUACAUGAAAUAUAGUAGGCAAUUUUGGAUAAUGAGUGAAAUACAAAACUCUUGUAACUCUGUGUUGCUUUCUGAUGAACACUUCUCUUUCUAUCUCUUUUGUUUUUUCUAAAAUGUGUGAUAUACUCGCCUGAUAAUAAUUACAGUAACGUAUUGCUGUGCAACAUGACGCUUAUCGCAUAUCCAUACACCGUUGCAAUAGCACGAAUAUCGAACGACUUAAAUAUAUAUGUUACCAGCGAUAAAUAAAUGAUAGGAGAAUUUUGUUUUCGAAUCGAGCUUCACUGUUUCACGAAAAUAUCUAGAUAAAUGUGUUUUCCUCGUAUCCAGUUUUGUAAAAGCAUAGCGUGAACCGAGAUCAAGCAUCGUUCAGUCAGCUUGUUUGAAAAUGUAUAACGCCAUUUAUAAUUUUAAAUUAGUAUUAUUUUUGCCGCUACAUUUUUCCGCAAAUACAAUUGCUGCUAGUAUUCUGUUAACUAUAUAAUUAUACAUAAAUGAUAAGUUACAGCAAAAGAUUUAUUUUUGUUAUGUGCACAUGUUGAAUAAUACUAUUUAGUUGUAUAGUCGAA